AUGUCUAGACGCUCAACAAGGCUCAGUGGUGGGCCGACUACCUCGGACUCUCCCGCUACUGCCGGACCCUCACGAUGGACCAGCAACAGCGCCACGAAUCGUUCCUCAACCUCUACACAGUCCGAAACGAACGGCUCGACACCAUACUUGGAAGAAUGGACAACAGAAGCAUUACAGGCCCAAGUCAAGCGGUAUGGCUUCAAAGUCUCCCGCAAGCGUGCCACUCUAAUCGACCAGCUCAAGUCUGUGUAUGAAGCUUUGCAACGUUCAAAGAUUCCUUUUGAGCAGCCAUCUGAUGUUGCUCAAGAUAGCCCACCACGAAAGUAUACACAGGCUGAGCCGGCAAAAGCAACAAGAACGAAGUGGAAACUGGUACUACCGGAAGCCACGGCAGACAGCAUAGGGAAGGGAAAAGGCAAAGGUCGAAAGAGUGACCCAUUUGUACUGGACGACAUCAGCUCCGACUCUUCUUCCUCCUCUUCAGUUUCAGUGCUAAUAGCUACAAAUGGAGGAGAGCAAGAGCCAAGGGACUAUACAGCGCAACUCGAGCUCGAAGCAGCUUCUGCUACCGAUGGCGAGCUUUCCCCUCCCCUCUCUUCCGUCUCUUCAUCCUCUUCGUCUCGCUUGCCUCUGUCUGCUUCUGCUUCACCGACCAAGCCUCGUCGUCGGCGAUCUCAUUGCACAGCCUCUUCAUCUUCAGCAGACGCCCCACUGUCAACACUCACAGCACCGCCAGAGGACGAGAGUGCAGCAGUAGAUCCAUCUCCAGCACUAGCAGAAACAAUGACCAUCGCUAUCCGAUCUGACCCCAGCGUCUGGAGCCGAAUCCUGCGCUACGAGCCGAUAAGCUUUGACGAAGUAGUCAGUAUCGCCACUCAAUCCGGAUUAGCCAUGGACACGGGCAGGAGGAAGGAAGAGUUGAGGACGUGGCUUGAUAGACAGUGCAUUUGUUUCUAUUCUGCCGAUCUCACCGGGUCUCGUUCUAGACAUUGA